AUGACAAAGAGGCAAAGCCCUACGUGGAUGCGUUCCACCUUUUCUUCUUCUUCUUCUUCUUCUUUCAUUUCCCUCUCUUGUUGUGGUUAUUAUUCCUAUUUCCUUCUCUUUAUCUUUAUCUUCACUAUUCAACCUGUUGCUGGGGCGACUCCCAAUACUGAUAAACAACGCCAAUAUCAAGAUCUCCCGCCUGGUCUUAUUCGUGGUCCACUUAUGCAUGAACACUCCUUUGCUGCUCCUAUCGUAACCGACUGGUGGGAAGAAGGAGUGCCGCACUUUAUGAUUGGCGGCUCUGCUGUUGCGAAUGAAAAGUUUAUUCGACUCACCACAAAUAAUAUUGGGGAUCAUGGAUUUGCAUUUAAUACAGCUCCCUGUGAUCAUAAAGCCUGGGAGGUGCGAUUACGUUUUUCGAUUCGUCCACCUCUUCCCAUUGUACGUGCAAAGACUAUGGAAGAGAAGGCAGGGAAACAAAAACAAGGAGAAGAAAAUAAUAAUAAUAAUAAUAAUAAUAAUAAUAAUAAUAAUAAUAAUAAAUGGGAAAAUGAAGAGAAGAAAUAUCAAGGAGGAGAAGGAAUGGCAUUAUGGUAUUUGGAACAGCCAUUAGGAGAUGAUCAUCAACAUGUACCAAAGUAUAGUAAACCCAUUGAUCCCGAUGCCGCAGAGGAGGAAGCUAUUAGACGAGAUCCAUCUCGAGUGGCGGAUCUUCUUCUUAAUAUGGAAAAUGAAGAAGAAGAAGAAGAGGAUGAAGAAGAUGAGGAAGAUAAUAAUAAUAAUAAUAAUAAUAAUAAUAACAGCAGUCAAGGAAAUAACACUAAAACUGUGCGGGAAACAUUACGAGAACAACGUCGAAUGGCCCGUGAGGCCCGACAACACGAACGGGAAGAAAUGUACCGCCGUAUCUUCAAACGCGGCACUUCUGUAGAUGAUAGUAAUUUGGAGCCGCGUAUAUUUGGAUUGAAGUACUCGGACUUUAAGGGAUUUGGAAUUCUCCUCGACUCUGUGGGCCAUCGUGAAGAUGAGGAAGAAGAAAAAGAAGAAAAGACUUCUAAUAAUAAUAAGAAUAAUAAGAAUAAUAAUAAGAAUAAUAAUAAACAAGAAAAAGAACAUAAGGCACAUGAGCCGCAAAUCAUGUUAUUAUUAAAUCUCCCAUCUAAAGAAGAAAAAGGAUCUUUAAAUAAUUUCAAUCCACGGCAAGAAGACUUUCGAGCCUCACCAGUGCGACUGCAAUGCCGAUAUGAUUUUCGACAAUACCCCACCCAACGCGCUGUGCAGAUGGGCAUACAAACUCCAGAAGAAAAUAAACAACAAGAAAAACAACAAAAACAACAAGAAAAAGAGAAUCAACGGGAUGGACGAUGGAAAACGGCGGCUGGACAGGAGGAAUUAUUACUAAAAACACCAGAAGAUCCUGUUGAACUUCUCGUCCGUUAUUAUAAACGUCGAUUAACAGUAAUCCUCACACGUGAAAAUGUCAGUCGUCGACGAAUUGUAAGAGUAGAGACGGUGGAUCAAAUAGAUGAAAAGGGAAAUACCCCACAUGGACGAAAUACACCUACCUAUCGUGUAGAGAAAACAUAUGUGGAUACAUUAUGUGGAGAAAUUGAUAAUGUGGAUCUUCCAUUAAAUUAUCAUUUUGGUAUUUCUGCAAGUACAGGUAUACGGAAAUCAUUACAAUCUAUGGAUAAUAAUGAUAUUAAGUUUGGAAAAGGGAAACGACCAUCACGGGAAACACUUUUAAAACUUAUGAGGGAAUCUUAUUUUCAGGAGAAUUCCAAUACACAUGUGGAUGUACAUGAUUUGAUUUCCUUUGAAUUGCGGGAAUUAGGGAAAGAUGCAAAGGAGAUGGGAUAUUCAAAGAGUAUUCCUAUUGAACACUUUGAUUAUGAGGCGGAUAGACGAGAACGGGAACACUUCUCACGUCAACUUCCUGUGGAGCCUGAAGACUAA